AUCAUGGGUUAUAUCAUUAGGUACCAUUCAGGCACUUCUUCAGGACAACAACAGAAAGAUGUAUCAAGUCCUUCAACACGUUUUGCAGACCUGACACAUCUCACAAAGAACACAAACUACACCAUCACUGUGCUGGCCUCCAAUGGCAAAGGAAAUGGACCUGCCAGUGAUCCUAUUGUUGUAGCGACGAGUGAUGGAAGUGUCUUCCAGUGUCCCCUGGAAAGUGGUGAUUUCUGGUUUAAAGACCCAAACAGUUGUUUUCGUUUCUAUCGGUGUUACAAUGAUGGCAAAGCUGUUCAACAUGAAAACUGCUCCGCAGGAACAGAAUUUAAACCUUCAGUGAACGGCAGUUAUAAUAAUUGCGAUCAUCCUAGCGAACCUUACUGCCAUGUAUAAGUAACCACACCAUUAAUGUCAAGCUAGGCUCUGUAAAUUAAAUGUAUAGAGAUAAUAUUAGGAGCGAUGUUCUCCCUUAAAGAUGAUCGUUAUAACUCGAGCGCUAUCAAACACUGGAGAGGUCUCUUAAAGUAGUGGUCAAAAGCUCUUUUCUUUUUUCAAUACCAACAUAAUCAGGAGGCGAGAAGAAAGAAAAUCAUCAACUAAGUGAUAUUGUCUUGAUGAACUACCGAAUUCUCACAAGUGACAUUAAAAUAACUGAUUGCAGUCAGUAAGAGGAAAUAACAGUUUGAACUUAAGACUGAAAUUAAAGGGUUAACACCACCGAAAGUUUUCAUUUGCCGUAGGCGGAUAGCCUGCUUUGCAGGCAUAAACGGGGAAGAGGAAGGGAGGCAAAAAAGCGAGGAAGAAGGGGAAGGAACGCCUGCUACAAGAACCAGGCUUUUCGCAUUACGUCCACCACUUUCGAUGUAGUCCGAUUUCAUCAACUGUCAGUUAUUGUCAAGUGGUUUGCCAAUCGGAAACUAGCUCGCGCUUGUCGUCACUGACUUCCUGUCGGGGUCUAAUCAAUUGAGAUUAUUUCCCGAUGAGAAAAUCUCAUCAUAACAACAUAACAACCAUUUGCGGUUAUUUUAGCUUGGAAAUGUUCUCUACUCUCUUAAGAAGAGUUCGAAAAUAGGGAGUAAAAAGAAGGAAGACGGUUGGAAGAAUUUCUGCAGGUUCUGUGUUAUCGAGUUUGGUACAAAAGCGGAGAGAAUCUUCGAUUCCGAAAUGUUAGUUACAAAGUCCAGAUGCUGUGUUAAUUGGUCGACUGUUGUUCUUCCAUUGGAUUCCCUUUAAUUCAAUGCAGAAGUUGUCUAAACGUAUUUGUAGAAGUUGUUGCCGCAAAAUCAGAAACGCUGCAGAAUUAUCCUGUGUUAUUAGGACGGCUGUAACUUCAGGCAUGCCAUAACUGCUUCGGCUACGAACUGUGAGGCGGCGGAAGAUAGCCAGUAGUUUAAAUGCGCACCGGCGAAUAACACUAGGAAAUUGGAGCAAUCGGCGGAAGGAUAGCACAGUGAUUCCAUCUCCUGCAGCUGCUCUCUCAAAGUUACUUUCCAAAGGCGAAAUAACGAGAAUCAACGCAUUCCUGUUCAGUUCAUAGUUCUUGGCACGAACAAACGUCAUUUGAC